AUGCUGACGCAGAGGACAAGGAGGCGGACUUGGAGCUACAAGCCCUGGAACCCUCAGGAAAGUGAGGAUGAACCCCACACCGGGGGCCGCAGAAGCAUUUGUUCAGUGGGCACACACGCAGGCUCCCAGGUCAGCGUCCUCCCCUGGACCGACGGCAACUACUACAUGGAGGAGGAUGAAGACGGUGCCGAGUUGGACCCGUGGAAGGACGAGUUGGCCGAGGAGACCAGCAGCGCCCCAGAGGCUGGCCUGGCCGAUGCUCCAUCCUUGUCGUCCACCCUGAACGUGAACGUGGGCGGUCAGAGCUACAGUCUGGACUCCAGCCAGCUAGCCUGCUACCCCAAGACGCGCCUGGGCCGCCUGGCCACCUCGGCCAGUCGCAGCAGCCAGCUGGGCUUAUGUGAUGACUACGAGGCGAGCACGGACCAGUACUUCUUCGACCGCGACCCGGCCGUCUUCCAGCUGGUCUACAACUUCUACGUGUCCGGGGUGCUUUUGGUGCGCAACGAGCUGUGUCCGCUCGGCUUCCUGGAGGAGCUGGGCUACUGGGGCGUGCGGCUCAAGCACACCCCUCGCUGCUGCCGAAUCUGCUUCCAGGAGCGGCGCGACGAGCUGGCGGCGCAGCUGAAGAUCCGGUGCCAACUGCGUGCCCAGGCGCUCGCCGAGGAAGCCCCGGAGCCCUUCCUGCACAUGCGCUUCUACGGCCUGCAGCGCCACCGCCUCUGGAACCUUCUAGAAAAUCCCUUUUCGUCGGUAGCCGCCAAGGCCAUCGGGGUGACCUCCAACCUGUUCGUGCUAGUAUCUGUGGUGGCGCUGGCGCUGAGCACGGUGGAGGAGCUGCGACGGCCGCUGUUGGAACACGUGGAACUGCUAUGCAUCGCCUUCUUCACCCUGGAAUACCUGCUGCGCCUGCUCUCCACGCCCGACCUGCGCGGCUUUGCGCGCAGCGCCCUCAACCUGGUCGACCUGGUGGCCAUCCUCCCGCUCUACCUGCAGCUGCUGCUCGAGGGUGUCAUUGGUGAGGGUGGCCAGCGUGCAGCGCGUGAGCACGACCUGGAGACUGUGGGCCGCGUGGGCAAGGUGGGUCAAGCGCUGCGUACUAUGCGCCUGAUGCGCAUCUUCCGCAUCCUCAAGCUGGCACGUCAUUCCACCGGCCUGCGCGCCUUCGGCUUCACUCUGCGUCAAUGCUCCGAGCAGGUGGGCUGCCUGCUGCUCUUCAUCGGCGUGGGGAUCUUCACCUUCUCUGCGGCCGUCUACUCCGUGGAACACGACAUGCCUUGCACCAACUUCACCAGCAUCCCCCACUCGUGGUGGUGGGCCGUAGUUAGCAUCACCACAGUGGGCUAUGGAGACAUGUACCCCGAGACCCACCUGGGUCGGCUCUUCACCUUCCUCUGCAUUGCUUUUGGGAUCAUUCUCAAUGGGAUGCCUAUUUCCAUCCUUUACAACAAGUUCUCUGACUACUACGCCAAGCUCAAGGCUUAUGAGUACACAGCCAUACGGAGGGAGCGGGGACAGCUGGAUUUCCUGCAGAGGGCUGGCAAGAAGAUGGCCGGAUGCCUGUCUAGAAGCAACCCGCAGCCCACCCCGGGACAAGAAAACUGA